UCUCUCACCUUCUUCUUCUUCUUCUUCUUCUUCAAAAGCUAAAAGCUCAAUCUCCCUCUCAUUUUGUCCUACAAAUUCAAAAGCUAAAACCUUUUAUCUCUCUCCAAUGGAAAGAAGAUUCAAACUCCGAUUCUCACGCAUAUUCCAAUCCUCCUUCUUCUCAUGCCGCUCCAAAAAGAACUCCGACAUCAUCAUCACAAGCCAACCCAUUCCCAUUCCCAUUUCCACCCCUCUUCAAAACCUCCCUUUACUCCCUUCAAAACCCACCAAUAUUUCAUCAAAACCCCCCAAUAUUUCAUCAAAACCCCCUCUAUUUCCCCCUAAUUCCUUUCUCGCCCCUCCCGCCUCUCCCAUUUCACCCCCUCUUUCCCACCUCAAAGACUGUUUAUCUCGCCACAAACCCAAACCCAAGAAUUCCACAAAAACCAACAGAAAAAAAUACCCCACCAGACCCACAACGGCGCCCACCACGGAGGACUUCGGCGGCGCUUGGUGGUACGGUGGCGACGACGAAACAGAGGAUGAAACAGAGACUCUAUUCUCUUCCCGGAGUUUAACGUCCAAUUCCUCCGUGUCGCGACUCCGCCGCCGCCGGCAUAGUCGCCGGAAAUCAGAGAAGAAAGUGAAAGAUGGGUUUUUUGCGGUGGUGGAAAACUCCUCCGAUCCAUACAAGGAUUUCAAGGCGUCUAUGGCGGAGAUGGUGGUUGAGAGAGAGAUUUUUGGUGGGAAAGAAUUGGAAGAGCUCUUACUGUGCUUUAUUUCGCUUAAUUCUCGCCAUUAUCAUAGAAUUAUUUUUGAAGUUUAUUGGGAGAUUAAAGAAGCUCUUUUUUUCUCGGAUUUAGGAUUUAAAAAUUAGUCCAUCUUUCUCUAUCGUUGAAUGUAUUAAACAAAAUAUUGUAUUUUCCAAUAUAUAUCCAACGAU